GAUGCGUCGAGCCUGGAUUCAGCAUAGCUGUUCAGUUUCGACCGUCAGUCGCAAUGGCAGAGGAAGAGAAGGACGCGGCGAUGGAGGAGGUGAUGGCAGCCGAUGAGGAGAACGAGGAAUGUGUCGGAGACGAAGAAGAUGCGGAGGGCUGGGAGGGUGAAGAGGGUGGAGAAACUUGUCGUCCACCAGACGAGGGAGACGAGGCCCUGCAGUUAGAUCAUCGGUUGGAUGAAGGUAAAUUCCAUGUGGGCGUCAGCUGGGUGCAUCUCGACGGCCUGAAGGGCAAGCGAGAGCAGUACAAUGGAAUGAAGUGCUUGAUUACGUCCUUUGGCGUUCGAAAUCCAGCGCUUGUGAAGGUGCGUGGCGUGGAGAAGAACGAGGAUGGCAAGUAUAUCGCCCUGUGGGUGAAGAGAAUCCACUGCCGCAACACCGUCCACAAGGACACUGGCGCAUGGAAGGCAACCGAAAAUCCUGAGAAUACGGGUGCCACCGGUGCCGCUCGCUGGGUGGCCCUUGGACGUCCGGAAGUGGAUAAGAUGCAGGGAAAGUUGAAGUAUGGGAAGACACCGGAGGAGGAGGCUGAGAGGGAGGAACUUUUCAAGCUCAUUGAUAUCAAUCACAAUGGAGUACUGAGCCUGGCCGAAAUUGAUAAGGCCCUUCCAGAGGUCAUGGGAUGCGUUGCCCUGUUCAACGCUAAACCUGCCAUCAUUAGAGCCUUCUUGGCUGCUACCGGGCGACGUCCAGCUCGCAAUGAUGAUCAAGCGUUUCGCAAGCAUUUAAAAGACUAUGUGAAACCAGGUGAGCAGUUCCGCAAGUUGUAUUUGAUUUUUCAAGAAAUGGCAGAUGCAGAUGAAGAUCGUCGCAUUGACUGCAAGGAGUUUGCCGAAUUCAUCGCCUCCGGCAAAGCCGAAAAGGUGGGAAUCAAGGUAACUGACGAGAUGAUGCAGGAUCGCUGUGGUCCGAUGAUCAUGCCGGGCUAUUCCCUCUUCAAUGAGAUCGACGAAGAUCAGGGUGGCUGUAUUCUCUUCAAGGAGUUCUCAGACUACUGCAUUCGUAUGGGUCUCAAGGAUCCGUCUCGCGAGCCAAUCCAUGGCGAUACGAGCAAGCUGAGGGAGAUGUUCCAUGCAGCAAAAGACAUGGAUGAUGCCUUAUCCAUCGGUCGCUUCGUAGAGAUUUUGAAGAAAGUUGGAAUCAAGGACGAUGAGAUCGAUUCCAUCAUCAAAGCAACGGAAGCUCCGAAGUUUCUGUUGCUGGAAGCUUCAAGUUUCCUGCAAAACGCGCAGAAGAAAGACAAGAACCACAACUACAAGAUCGAUGUGGAUGAGUUCAUCGACUGGCUCUCACAGGAUGAUCACCAAGCAGCAUUGCAGCGUGCUGAGUGAGCCCGUGAUGCCGUGAUGCUGACGCUGGGAGAGGCAAAGCCCCCAGAGAGGCAGCUUGAAAUGGCAAAAA